UUUCUCCAAGCUCGUCUCCCAGUUUUCUUUCUUCUCCCUCUGAACCCGUCCCCUGUAAAAGCUAAAUUUCUUUUGUGAUUUCUGAUUCUUCCCCUGAAAUUUUUAUUUUUUCCAUAGCUUCAACGAUGAUCUCCAGGGCUUUUUCAAGCGUCUCCAGGAGCACUUGCUCACGCUCUUUGCUUCUUUUUGCUCCAAAGAAGCUCCAGUCACCGGUCCUCACCAAUCAAUUGCACUCUCUCAUAUACGAAUCGCCAAUUAGGGCUAGUUCAAUGGAUGAGUCUCUGAUUCAUUAUUCAGCCUUCAAUCCUUCCUUGUUCCAACGGUUUGGGUUCACCACGUCUGCAUCACCUGAGCCUUCUGACAAGAAUGGAAAAGAGAACGUGGAGUCAAAUGGAGAUGUUAAAGUUUCUGGUGAAACAAAAGAUACAAGUCCUGAAGGGACUGAAGAAAAAGUAUCAGAUUCAGAUUCGGAGAGUGAUGGAGACUUGUCCAUGGAUGAUACGGUAAAACUUGUUGCGGAGAAGGAUGAGCUUCUAAAGGUGAAGCAAAAGGAGAUUGAAGAGAUGAAAGAUAAAGUUGUUCGUACCCUUGCAGAAAUGGAGAAUGUUAUGGCUAGAACGAGACGUGAAGCCGAGAACUCAAAAAAAUUUGCCAUACAGAGUUUUGCAAAGAGCCUGCUUGAUGUUGCAGACAAUUUGGGAAGGGCGUCUGCACAUGUCAAAGGCAGUUUCUCGAAAAUUGAUGAAUCUCAAGACACUACUGGAGCUGUACCACUUCUAAAAACACUGCUAGAAGGUGUUGAAAUGACUGAGAAGCAGCUCUCGGAGGUAUUUAGAAAGUUUGGAGUGGAAAAAUUUGAUCCUGCAAAUGAGCCAUUUGAUCCACAUAGGCAUAAUGCAGUUUUUCAAGUACCAGAUAAUUCUAAGCCUCCAGGCACAGUUGCUCAUGUGCUGAAGGCUGGGUACAUGCUUUAUGAUAGGGUUAUUCGGCCAGCUGAAGUUGGCGUCACUCAAGCACCAGAUAAUGAUACAUCCGCGAGUGAUGGAGGUGAGAAAGGAUCUGAUGCUUGAAGGUAGGAAUGGACAGAGUUGCGGCAGCACAUAUUUCUUAGAGUUCUGUUUAUCUGUUUUGUAAGAAUGAUACAUGAGGUUUUCUUGUUAGAUUAGUCUUUCAGAGAUGUUCAUUAGUAAUUUUUUUGCCACCUUCUAUAACCUGUUUAUCCCACCAGUUAAUGUCAUAAAAGAUGCCACAAGUGGGUUUUUGAUACGUUACCCUCUUCUCCCUCUUCAACAGAUAUAUAUAUGCAGUUUUGAAUUGAAUGGUUAUAACCAUUAAGAGUCCAUUGCUAUCGCCAGCAUUAUUAUAUUUAUGUUAGGUUUCAUUUUUUAUCUUAAAUUAAUGAAAAAUGUUAGUAUUG